GUUGAAAACGAACGUCAUCUGCUUCAUACAUUUAGCUAGCUUUAGCCAAAAUUAGCUACUUGUUCAAAUCAUAGAUACAGCUUACCGAAACGAGAGUUUUUAUAUUCAACCGACAGCCUACGCUGCCCUUAUUUAUUUGGUGCUCCCUGGGUUUACAGUGCCAAACAUGUAUAUAACAGCCUUGUUGCGAUGCAGAGACAUGCUGAAAGCAGAACUGGUCGUGUAAAAUGCUGGCUAGCCUAAUCAAAGCUAGCUGACGAGCAGGGGCCGAGAAACGAAAGUAACGUUAGCUAACAUUAACGAGAGAUAAGCCUAUCACAAGAAGCCUGGACACAAUUAAACAUACUUGCCAUUGAAGCCACAAGAAGAAGAACUGAUAGAGGUAACGUUAGUUCCUUUCCUACAAAGUAGCAGUGGGUCUCUCUCUAGGGCAGAGCCAUGGGUGCAUUCCUGGACAAGCCCAGGACAGAGAAGCACAACUUGCAUGCUGAGGGCAAUGGCCUGCGCUAUGGGCUGAGCUCCAUGCAGGGCUGGCGGGUAGAGAUGGAGGAUGCUCACACAGCUGUGUUGGGACUUCCUGCUCCUGGUAUGACUGACUGGUCCUUUUUUGCCGUGUAUGAUGGUCAUGCUGGCUCAAGGGUUGCCAACUACUGCUCUAAGCAUCUUCUGGAACACAUAAUCAGUGCUAGCUUAGGGGCCGGAGGGAUCCAAUGUUCCCAGGCUGGUUCAGACAGCUCCACCAGUGACCCUCCAGCACUGGUUCCUCCUACAGUUGAGACUGUGAAAUCCAGGAUCCGGACAGGCUUCCUGAGAAUUGAUGAGCACAUGCGCAGCUUCUCUGACCUUCGAAAUGGCAUGGACCGUAGUGGCUCUACAGCAGUGGGAAUCCUCUUGUCACCUGAUCAUUUCUUCUUCAUCAACUGUGGCGAUUCUCGAGCUGUUCUAUACCGCAAUUUAAAUGUGUGCUUCUCCACACUUGACCACAAGCCUUGCAACCCACGUGAGAGAGAGCGCAUUCAGAAUGCCGGCGGCUCAGUGAUGAUUCAGAGGGUUAAUGGGUCACUGGCUGUAUCAAGGGCCUUGGGGGACUUUGAUUACAAGUGUGUGGAGGGGAAGGGCCCCACAGAGCAGCUGGUUAGCCCCGAACCAGAAGUGUUUGAGAUGGUUCGGGCCCCUGAACAGGAUCAGUUUGUGAUCUUGGCGUGUGAUGGUAUCUGGGAUGUUAUGUCCAAUGAGGAGCUGUGUGAGUUUGUGAAAUCUAGGCUUGAGGUGUCUGAUGAUCUGGAGAGAGUCUGCAAUGAAGUGGUGGACACCUGCCUGCACAAGGGGAGUCGGGAUAACAUGAGUAUUGUGUUAGUGUGUUUUCCCAACGCUCCCAAAGUGUCGGAGGAAGCUGUGAGGAAAGAUGCUGAGCUCAACAAAUAUCUGGAGUCUCGAGUGGAAGAGAUGCUGUCUCGGCCAGGGGAGCACGGGUUUCCCGACCUGGUAGAAGUGAUGAGGAACCUGUCCACUGACAUCGGCAUGCCCGUGCUGCCACCAGGGGGAGGCUUUCACAGCAAACAAAGUGUUAUUGAAGCAGUAUACAACCGUCUAAAUCCAUACAGGGAGGAAGAUGGGAGCGGAGCAGAGUUGGAGUACAACUGGUAGCUGUCCAGCACAGCUACCUGAUCCAAGAACAGAUCACACCAGAUCACAUCCAUAAUCACCUUUUUAAUUUCCUCUGGGAUUUUUUUUAUUUAUUUUUAUUCCCCACACAGAUCAAUCGAAGCAAAAAUCCUGGUUUUUAAAACCCUAUGUGGAGGACUGCAAAACCGAUUCACUUGGUUCUUUUUGUAGAACAAAACAGGGAAAAAUACAAACAACUACAUUGAUAUCUGAAAGCAGAACUACAAUUACAGUAUAUACUUUAGAGAAGCAAACAGCCACAGUUUGUCUUGCCCCUCAUUUUCUUGUGGUGGUUGUUUUGGUUGUGGAUUGACACACAGGAGCAGCCCUGCUCUGAACGCUUUGGGGCUUCAUGGUGCCUUUCUCAGAACUGAAAGAGAACGGAGGCCCUCAAAAGUUGGCCAGACAGGCAUUACCAAACCAGCCACUCCUGGAUGUUUGUAAGAUACUAAAAAGACUAAAGUGGUUUGUUGGCUGCAUUUUUUUAUGGCAUUAUUUGUUUUGAAGUGUGAACUUUACUUGCACCUGACUGGCAGCCAAUCGACCACACAAGCCUGCGACUCCCACACACCUCAAGCUAUGCUGUCCAGUUCAGGCAAGCUUAGUCUUCUGGGCAUACUGGUACUCUAACGGGGGCCCAACACUUCACCUGCCCAUGCUCCUGGUUCGCUGGAGGCAGCCUCACAGAACUCCACGCUAUCCAAAGACUACUGGGUUAAAGCCUCAAAUUCAUCAUCUGAGGCUGCACACCUGAACACGAGGGGAGAGCUCAUGAGAGAACCAAGUCUGUCUGGCAACUAAUUUCAGUUUGGCUCCUCCGUACCGCGUCCAAACUAAACUAAGUCAUGGGCUGGUGUGCCUGGCUGCAGAUAGGAAUUACAUGGAGAUGGUUUAAACUCAAGUGUGAUGACUUUUCUUGCACGUCCCUGCUCACUUUCUCUCCUCUUGCCCCUUAAAGGAUGUUAUCUUUAUGAUUUCUCACUCUUCUCCUCUGCCUCUCUCUCUUUUCGCUUUCUCUUCAAAUGCCAGAAGAGACUUGGCCGUCAUUUGCAUUGGCAGACAUUGCCAGAAACAUAAGCUUUUGAGCCUGCUGUUGUUGAAGAGAUAGAAAGAUAGAAAUUAUAUUCAUAUAUAUACAGAUAUAUAUUUUGAUUUGUUUUCAACUUAAUUCCCAGCCAUGGUGUUCGUUGUGCAUUGUGGUCUGCGUGUGUGCACGUUUUGUGUAGACAAAUUUAAGACCCAAAAAAGUCAAAGUUGCACAUAGCAACGUUCCAAAGACAGGGUAUGGGGAUAAAGUAAUUCCAGCCUCACCUUCUUCUUCUUCUUCCCCAUUUCUCCUCAACACACACACACACACACACACACACACACACACACACACACACACACACACACACACACACACACACACACACACACGACCUUGCUUGUGCUACAACUUGCCUUUUCUAUCUCUCAAAUAUCCUGUGUAAAAAAACAUAACAAAAAAAAGCCUUUCUUUUAUUUUCAUUGAAGAAAUUCCAUCAUUUACCUUUUUUUAUCUCUAUUUAAAUGUUUUUUGGUGUAUAUGGCUUUUCAGAGUACGGUGGCUGUGGUCGUAUUACAGAUAGGUAAGAAAACAACAAGGGGAGCAUAAAAUAUUCCUUGUACAGCAAAUUGGGUGAGAAGUAGGUUUUUGGUGUUUCACUGUAAGCAAAGGGACUUUUGGGACAAACGAGAAAAGGCCCUACACCCAGAGCUGUUUUCACACUGUCACUGAAAUUGCUGUCCUUCAGCUCCACAGCUACCUUCAUAGACUUUGCCUCAAAGGCUCAGGACAGUUGCUGGGGAAGGCCUGGUUUGACUUUUUGAAUUGACCAGGAGUCCAUUUAAUUUCUGUCAACCCAAGCACUAAUAAGUGGUUAAAACUUCUGAAACAAAGCCUUUUUUUUUUUUUUUUUAAUUAACAAAUGUGUGCAUAGACAAAGUGGAUACACAUACUUUGUAUGUGUAUUCUGUAGAUGCAUUUAAAAUAGGCUCUAAGUAUACAAAACUGUAAUAUACACUUUUUUUCAAUCAUUCAAUGGCAAAUUCAUUGUGCUUUCUGAAGUGGUAGUAUUGAAAGAGAAUAGGCCUAACCGAGUUUGCUGGCUGAUAAAUGUUGUGGUACAGUUUGCUCUUGGUGCCAUAUGACAAAUAGGUACUUGAAUGUGUAGUUAUUUUGCAGUUGCGUUGUUUUAAUGGGAUGAUUGAUUUUUCUUUGUGGUGGAGGGAGUGGGAGGGGUGGGAUCUCUAUAGAUGUGCAUGUUUUGGGAUUGAGGGAGGAGUGUAUUUUGUGGGUGAAAUGUAUUGGGCGGAUGGGGAUAAUGUGGGCAUGUUCA